AGUCCCUGGCCUUAGCACCUCCUCCCUGAGGGGGAGGGGGUAGGUCACAGGAAGGAGGAAGGAGGCUGGGAUUCUGUGGCUAACUGCCAGCCCUCCCCUCCCCCUCGGCGCAGCCUUGCCAGCUACUCCCAGCUCCCCCAAGGGAAUCAUCCACCAGCAACAGGCACCAUUGUACCCUUGGCCCCAUGGAUGAGAGGCGAACACCCUCUCCCUGCUCUUCGAGGCCCUCCAGUCCCAGGACCCCACCCUGUGAGAUGUUUGGUCCUGUGGGCAUUGAGGCUGUGCUAGACCAGCUGAGGAUCAAGGCUAUGAAGACUGGGUUUGAGUUCAAUAUCAUGGUGGUCGGGCAGAGUGGGCUAGGCAAGUCCACCAUGGUGAACACAUUGUUCAAGUCCAAAGUAUGGCAGUCACCUGCACCCAACCUGGAUGUACCCAUGCCACAAACAUUGGAGCUGCACUCUGUGACCCACGUCAUCGAGGAGAAGGGACUGAAGCUGAAGCUGACAGUGACAGAUACACCUGGCUUUGGAGACCAGAUCAACAAUGACAAGUGCUGGGACCCUAUCCUGAGUUACAUCAACCAACAGUACGAGCAGUAUCUACAGGAGGAGCUUCUCAUCACCCGCCAGCGCCACAUCCCCGACACCCGUGUGCACUGCUGCGUGUACUUUGUGCCACCCACUGGCCACUGCCUACGGCCCCUGGACAUUGAGUUCCUGCGACGGCUGUGCCGGACCGUGAAUGUGGUGCCUGUGAUCGCCCGGGCUGACAGCCUGACCAUUGAAGAACGAGAUGCCUUCAGGAGCAGGAUUCAGCAAAACCUGAAAAAUCACUGCAUCGAUGUGUACCCGCAGCAGUGUUUCGACGAGGACAUCAAUGACAGACUCCUCAAUAGUAAGAUCCGGGAGCAGAUCCCUUUUGCUGUGGUCGGGGCUGACCGAGAGCACAUAGUGAACGGGAGAUGUGUCCUGGGCCGGAAGACCAAAUGGGGCAUCAUCGAAGCUCCCAUCUCCAGGACCUGAAGGACAUCACCCACAAUGUACACUACGAGAACUACCGGGUCCUCAGACUCAAUGAGAGCCACGUGCUGCCCCGGGGGCCAGGCUGGGUGAACCUGGCCCCAGCCUCCCCUGGACAGCUGAUGGCUCCAGGACCAGAAAAGGUCCGAAAGCGAUCUAAGGAUCCCAGGGAUGAUGAGUGCUGAGGGGCAUGACCCCAAGCCUGCUAGGCUCCUCCCUUCCUCAGCAGCCAGCUCCCAACACACACCCUAGAGCAUCUAUGUGAACCUGGAGUUGCUUUGUACAAAAAAGCUGUGCUUUGACAACUAAAGGGUUUGUAAACGA